AUGGAGAUGAUUGCGGGCCCGAAAAGUUUGGCAUUGGAGAAGGAGGAGGGGGACGAGGAUGAGCACGAGAGGCCUCGUGACGACGAGGAGAGGAGGAGGAGAAAGCGAUGCUCGAUUAUCUCGUCUACUUCCGCCGUGAAUGGAUGGAGUUAUGGUCAGCGGACCACGGUGACAUUGAGAAAACAAAUGGCUGAAGUGCCCGCCUUGAGGUUCAAUCAGGAGCCGGUGCCGAGCCAUGCUGGUUUCCAUCCUGCACUGCAGAUUUUUUCUGUCAAGGUGAUUGAGCUGAAGAGUAUAAUGCGCUGGCCAAUUGAUGUGUUCGGCUUCAUAGCUGUUCGUGACGCAUUGGACCAGAAACGCAACCAUAUCUUUGAGCGCGCCAGGGACAACUGUCAGAGGGUCACGGCUGAGGAUUCAUCACUAGUCCUUACCGGUCCAAGUCGCGCAGUCGUGUUGGAAGACCCUAUCGAUUUCGAGAUUGAGCUAAGGGUCAAGCAUGCAAUGCCCUCUCAAGAUAAGCUCUUGACCGGUGAUGUCUUUUGUUAUAACUGCAUCGCUCAUGUACGGAAAGCUGGCUCUCUCAAGAAGUAUUUGCAUUCGGGCCCACGGCGCACGCUGGAGUUCAGGUAUGCACAUUUGGAGACGGCACAGGAGGCCGCAAUAAAAGUCUGGAUCUCGGAAGGGUCUGCCGAUUUCUGCGCAAAGUUCAUUGCUGGGACAGGUAGCAUCGAAGAGAAGGUCACGCUGCUGGAUUCUAGAGAUGACAUGGUGCCCAUCUCUAGUGAUGGGUUCGUCAAUUUCUCACGCAGUGCUGUUGUUGUUAAAGGAAAGCUGAUUGUUGGUGUUGAGGCAAGGCGAAUUGGUGACGGAGAGACCAGCAGCGUUUCCAAAGAGGUGGCCUUCACCCGGGCGAGAUCCGGUGAGAGCUAUGGCACAAUCGAUGUUGGGUUUUGCAAGAUGGGCGUUGUGGUUUCUUGGUCCCUGUUGUUUUGA